AUGCGCGCCAGUUUGAUAUCGAAAACCUUGUCGCACGAUGAUUACAAGAUCGGAUGGAUCUGCGCCUUACCGCUGGAGAUGGCCGCAGCCCAGGCGCUCCUAGACGAAAUCCACGAGGACCUGCCCGUUCAGCCCAAUGACUACAAUGCAUAUACUCUGGGAGCCAUCGGCAAGCAUAACAUCGUCAUCGCAUGCUUGCCUAGUGGCGACUGCGGCAGUACAUUCACCACCGUAUCCAUGCACUUGAUGUCCAGUUUCCGCUCGAUUCAAUUUGGCCUGGUGGUUGGUAUCGGGGGCGGAGUACCACGAGAGAAGGAAGAUAUCCGCCGUGGCGAUAUAGUCGUCAGCAAGCCAACAGGUACCCAUGGCGGAGUGAUCCAGUAUAACUUUGGAAAAGCUUUGAGUGGCGGUGGAUUUCAGCGCACGGGCAUGCUCAACCGACCUCCCCAGAUUUUUCUGACUGCGCUGUCUAAGUUGCAAACGCAUCAUCUCAUGGGGCGUAAACUGUUCUUGGACUUUCUUUCGGAGAUGGAGCAGUUGUCGAGCUUUACUCGGCCCCGUCGGAGUGAUCAGUUAUAUUUGUCUGGUUAUGAUCACGUCGGUAGCAAGUCGACCAAUUGCGAUGCUUGUGAUGCGAUCAAUACUGUUGUACGGCCUCCUCGAGACUGUCAGGACCCUGUAGUCCACUAUGGAACAAUUGUGUUCGUGAACCAAGCGAACGACAGCUGGCUGCGGGAUAGGCUAGGUUCCGAGCUAGAUGCCUAUUGUGUGGAAUCGGGAGAAGCGGGAUUUAUGAACAAUUUCCCUUGCGUGAUCAUCCGGGGAAUCGGCGAUUAUGCCGAUUCACACAAGACCACGGAUUGGCAAGGAUAUGCGGCAGCCGCUGCAGCCGCAUAUGCCAAAGAGCUCUUGCUGGCCUCGGUUACCCAUGUCGAACAGACACAGCCUGUGCCGAAACCUCUGCCUGGUUCAGAAGCCGCCACAAUGGCACAAGUAAAAGAGCCAUUGCAAAUAACUGUUUCACCGGAAGCCAUUGCCGCCCCAGCCCCAGCUGCAUCAUUCACCUACGACGAGCUAAGUGGCGUGUAUCUCGGCACUAUCCGAGGCUCAGAAAUAAUUCCAAGACUGAUCAGAAACCCUGACCAUUGGAGAAACGAGAUCGGGGCGCUAAUAGCGCAGCUGGUUGAGAUUCACCCGGAAUGGUGGAUAGAGCGAACGGAAGAAGCUGCGCGUGUUAUGAAUGAAUUCUUUGCUCGCUGCAGGCUCACUUACCGAGUUAAUGUCUAUCCCCGACUAAGCGAACGUCCCAUUUACCAUGGCAGUAAUCGGGAGUAUCUUAGUAUCCUGUUCGAUCAUAAUCUGGGAUGGCAGACCAAGUCGGAUCCCAAUAUUGGGCUGAAUAUUGGGAUUUUGAAUAUAUGGUCUAUGCUGGAGUUUUUGGAUAGACAGAGUUUAUAG